AUGAUAGAAAAGAAGACUGAUAACCUGACUGCCACAGAGUUCGUCUUGACUGGUUUUCCAGGACUUACUGACCAGCAAUAUUGGCUCUCACUUCCAUUUUUCAUCUUCUUUGUACUGAUUAUCCUGGGUAAUGCAGCCAUCCUCUUUGUUAUCAGUACAGAACCGUGCCUUCAUGAACCCAUGUAUAUUUUUAUCUUUAUUUUGGCACUUACUGAUAUAAUUCCUGGAAUGUCAAUUCUACCACAGCUGCUAAUAAUAUUAUGGACUGACUCAAACACAAUCGGUUUUGAUGCAUGUUUUGUGCAAAUGUUUCUUACUAAUUUUUCUGGUGCAAUGGAAUCAUCUCUUUUGUUACUAAUGGCAUAUGACCGUUACAUUGCUGUGUGUAAACCUUUGAGAUAUUCAUCUAUUGUAACAAAUGCAUUUGUUUUAAAAGGAAGCUUAUUAAUUUUAUGUAGAAGCUUUUGCUUUGUCCUACCUAUACCUAUCCUAGCAAGAAUGCUGUCAUAUUGUAGUGUGAGGAACAUUCCAAAUGCCUAUUGCGAGUAUCUUGCUGUCAUUAAAAUAACAUGUUCUAAGUCAGUUGCAUCGGACAUUUAUCAGUUUACUCUGAUAUUUUUUCUAGUAAUACCUGAUGCAGUGAUGAUUGGCAUAUCAUACUAUAUGAUUCUAAGAACUGCGUUAAUGUUAGGAUCAAGUGCAUGUAAAAAGGCAUUAAACACCUGCAGUUCUCAUUUCUUUGUCAUUUUAUUUUUCUAUUUAACGGGAAUCCUCUCAUUACUGGUAUACUUUUUUGAAAACAUAUUUCCUCCAUAUUUGCGUGCUCUGUUUUCAGUCCUCUACAUAUGCAUCCCGCCUACAUUAAAUCCAAUAAUAUAUGGUAUAAGAACAAAAGAGAUACGGCGCUCUAUAAUAAACCAUUUCAGAAAUGUUAAGAUGGAUUUUUAG